AUGGCGGCUCGUGAUGGUGACAAAACAGUAGUUGAUGAGCUUCCCGGCAUCGUGACCAUCUAUUAUGAUGGCUCAAUUGUCCGCCACAACUCGCACACCACCACUCCCCCUACCGAAUUCCCGACCGAUGCCACUGUCGCCAGCAAAGAUGUCGUCCUGAACCCUGUCACAGGCCUUUGGGCCCGCCUCUUCCUCCCGCACCACCAGCAAAAUGUGCCCCUUGCCGUCUAUUUCCAUGGGGGCGGCUUUUGCUUUGGGGACCCUGCCUGGGAUUUCUACACUCGAUUCAUUUCUCGCCUUGCCACUGCAACAAGCACUCUCUGGGCGUCGGUCGCAUACCGCCUGGCACCCGAGCACCGCCUCCCUGUCGGCUUCCAUGACUGCCUCGACGCCAUUUCCUCCCUCACCACCUCAACCGACCUAUGGCUGAAGGGUACGGACUGCAGGCAUGUGUUCCUUGCUGGGGAUAGCGCAGGCGGUGAUUUAGUGUACAACUGUGCGCUGCACCACUGCAAGGAACCACAUAACCGUGUCGAGAUAGUGGGACUCAUGCUAUUCCACCCCGGGUUUAUUAAGGAGGAAAGAAGCGCGUCUGAGACCGAUAGCCCCAAGGAGCUGGUGCAAGUGGAUGCUACGGCGAGGAUGGCAUUGCCUCCAGGGGAGGAUAAGAACUACUUCAUGCUGAACCCGAGAGUGCCACCCGUCGCAGAGACAAGGCUGCCGCCAUGCCUUGUGGUGGUGGGGGGAAAGGAUCUGUUUAGGGAUAGGCAGGUUGAAUUUUGUGAGAAAAUGGAGGGGAUGGGGCAGAUGGUGGAGGUGGUGUGGUAUGAGGAGAUGAGGCAUUGUUUUAUGUUUGAGGAGGACACAGAGAAUAGUCCUGAAGCUGAUGAUAUGGUGGAGAAGACGGUAAGUUUUAUGGAGAGGUGUGGUGGCUUCAAAAAGGAGGGCUAAAUUGGAGGGAGGUUUUAUGGGGUUCUAAAUCCUCUCUUGCAACAAUAAUGCAGAUGGGUGAAAUUGGGAGGAGAUUUUUAUGAGAAAAUAAUGCUUUUAUUAUGUUGGGUUUUACAUGGCUUAUGGUUCUACGAGAAAAUAAUGCUUAUAUUAUGUUGCAUGCUUUUGUGUAGAUGUGGAAAAGGUAAUGUAUCCAUGAGUGAAAUAAUUGUGUCUCUUUGA